AUGACACGCCCGCGUUCCCAAUCGAACCCCAACCCCCGCCGCUCACGGCCCCCUUACACCUACAGCCCCCUCCCCUCCCCACGCCACAUCCGCCUCAUCCGCCUCCUUUACUACGACAAAGUCCUCUCCCAAGCCUACAUCACCCUCACCGCCCACUCCAUCGACGCCAUCACCCACCGCUUCACCGCCCUCUCCUACACCUGGGGCUCAGCCAUCGAGCCCUUCGACGUCGACCCCUCCCCCCCUCUCGCCCCCAGCCCCGACCCCGUCGAGCUGAUCAUCGUCCCGCCCGACGCCUUCAGCACCUUCCGCCGCCGCGACGACCUCGCCACCACCGAGGGCGCCCUGCUCGACGCCUACACCCCGGACCUGCGCCGCCUGCCCGGCACGGGCAACUUGUCCGACUUUUUCCGCGCCUACCUCGCGGGUUUUCCGCAUCGGCACCUGAAGCCGCGGGGGGAGGAUGGGCGGCGGCUGUCAUUUGAGCAGGUCGCGCAGCUGUGGAUCGAUGCGGUUUGUAUUGAUCAGAAGAAUGCGGAUGAGAAGGCCAGUCAGAUUCCGUUGAUGGGGGAGGUAUAUUCGCUGUCGGGGAGGGUGUUGGGGUGGUUGGGGGCGGAUGAGAAGAGGUUGGGGGUGUUUUGCUGGUGGCAUCGCGUGGUGUUUCCGGCGAUUGGAAGGUUUGUGCAGGAGGUUGGGCGGGCCGAGGGGUUGUUGAAGUUGAGGGAGGGGAAUUUUGUGGAUGGGCGGUUUUGGAAGGACGUGGUUGGGCUUAAGGAGGAGCCGAUGGGUGGGCAUUGGGCUACGGCGUGGACGGACUAUUGGGCGUUUUAUCGGACGAGGAGGUAUUUUCACCGCGUGUGGAUUGUGCAAGAGGUCGUGGUAGCGGGGAAGUUUGAUACGAUGGCUGGGGUGGGUGGCGAGGAGCUGAGCUGGGAGGAGAUGACGGGGUUCGCGUACUUCCUAGGACACGCAGGGUGGAUUGAUGUGUUGAAUUCGUUGGCUGGGGAGAUGCUGAGCAAUGAGUACACGGACGCGGUCACCAGGGGGUUCGGGAUCACGGAUAUCAGCGGGAUGCAGGGGCAACAUCGAAGCCGGGCCUUCGAGGAGAGUGGAUGGGCAGAGCAUUGGUGGGGUGCCUUAUCAUCCGUCAGGAGACGGGAUUGUUUCGCCCAGCAGGACAAGGUCUUCGCAACGGUGGGGAUACUCCAGCAGGCCCUACCUAAGGGAACCCCUCUACCCUUCCCCGUCAACGCUACCAUCACCGCCGAGGAAGUUUACAUCAACGCCGCGAGGACCCUCCUCCUCAACUGCCCACACCUCACCCUCCUCUCCUUCGUCGAGCAUCCCUACUACCGCAAACUCUCCAACCUCCCCUCCUGGGUCCCCGACCUAACAACCGCCAAGUUCCCCUGGCCCCUCGGCCCCUUCGACACCCCCUUCACAGCCUGCAUCCCCCCCUCCUCACCAACCACCCCCUCAAACUCCCCACCACCUCGAACAACCACCCCCACCGGCGAGCUCCACCUCCGUGGCCUCCGCCUCGACACCAUCACCCUCAAAACCACCUACGAAGCGCCCAUGAACAUCCGCCUCGCCGAAACCGUCCUGCAAUUCCUCGCCGCCCUACCCCUGCACUACCCACACGUCACCUUCCCGGCCUCCGACGGGCCCGAAGGCACCCUCGAGGGCCAGUUCCGCGAGGCGGCGCUCGUGCAUACCAUCACCUGCCACGAGUACAGCAACGUCAACCGCGGCACGCCCGACGAGACGGGCCGCGUGAUGGUGAGUUUCCGCGAGUGGCUGCUGGCGGCGCUGGGGCAGGUGUAUUCCGGGUGUCUGUUGCGGUCGGGCGAUGAGGGGUAUUCGGUGGAGAGGGUGCGGGAGUGUGAGGGGCGGUGGGCCGAGGUGGAGAGGGUGAUUGGGGACUUGGAGAGGAGAGUGUUGGUGCCCGGGUUGGAGGACUUGCGGGUGCAUGGGGAGGAGGUGGCUAGGGCGAAGAGGGGCGAGGGGCCGUGGCCGGAGUGUGUGGUCUCGCCGCAGGAGUUUAAGGACCAGGUUAGGAGGUUGAUGCUGUAUCGUUGUUUGUUCCGGACGGGGGACGAGUGGAUGGGGGUAUGCUCGGAGACGUGUGAGGUUGGGGAUGAGGUGUGGUUGUUGGAAGGGGGUGCGGUACCAUACGUGUUGCGGCGGCGGGAAGGGCAGGAUGGGAGGGUUACGUUUGUGUUCCGUGGCGAGUGUUACGUCCAUGGAGUUAUGAAUGGCGAACUGGUGAACGAUGGCGUCGAGGGAAGACUAGAAGAUGUAGUGUUGAUCUGA